AACGACCUGAACGAACCCACUCUUAUCAAUGUCCUUACAAUCAGGAAGGUCUAAUAUUCCAAUUACGAUUUGCAUAUCAGUUAUUACAUUGGCUUGAAGAUGACUUGUAGACUAUUUUUCGUGCUUUCUUCUUUCUUUUAUUUGACCAGUGGGACCACACGUGUGUGUUACUAUGGGGCUUGGUCUGCCAAGAAUCACCUACGACCGGAGAAUAUUGACACCGGCCUUUGCACUCAUAUUAUUUUUGCAUAUGCAAAACUUGAUGCUAAUUAUACAAACAUUAUACCAGAAAACACGUUUCAGGGCCAACAAAUGGAUGCAUUUACUCGUUUAAAAAGGAGUAACCCCCAUUUAAAGACACUUAUUUCAAUUGGAGGCUGGGUAAUGGGAAGUCUACCGUUUAUGGCGCUCGUAGCAAAUGAAGAAACUAUGCGAGUUUUUGCAGCAAACACUGUUACAUACCUCCGUGCUCAUAACUUUGAUGGUAUUGACAUUGACUGGGAAUUUCCGAACGAACGUGGCAGUGAGAUUGAAGAUAAAGCCAACUUUAUUAAACUGUUGGAGAUUUUGCACAAUGCUUUUGUAAAUGAACCAAACCUUGGCAACAAAGACAGAUUGUUGUUAACAGCACCUGUAGCACCGACAGAGGAGAGGAUAACCAAUUCAUACGACAUACCAGGCCUAAUAAAGUACCUAGAUUGGAUAGGGCUUAUUACCUACGACUAUCACGGCGAAUGGGAGAAUAAUGUCAAUGUCCACAAUGCCUUAUAUAGUGACAAGGAUGCGAGCGUGGAUCGUUCCGUUAAGUACUGGCUGUCUCAAGGUGUACCCAAAGACAAACUUCUCGUAGGGAUUCCAGUGUACGGUCGUAAAUUCUUGUUACUGGACCCCACAAACAACACUAUUGGGGCUUCAAGCAAAGGAGGGGGAGACAUUCCGUACUACGAAAUAUGCAAGAUGAUCCGCUCGCACACGAUUACACCGGUAACAUUGCAGACAGAGAAAGUUCCGUACUUCUUCUAUCAGAAUCAAUGGAUAACAUACGAAGACACCAAAAGUAUAAGCGAAAAGGCGACAUACAUUCGAACACAGGGUUUGGCUGGUGCGAUGGUGUUUUCAUUAGAUAAUGAUGAUUACAUGGGUGCGUGUAGUAUAGGCACAUUCCCUCUCAUGAAAGCCUUGAAGAAAGGACUUCUGCAGGAAGUUGUGGUUGGAUAAUACAGAACAAUUAAUCAAAUCAGAGAUAAACAUAAUAAAUA